AUUUGAAAAGUCCCUUCUAUGCCUAGAAAUGAGGGAGUAAUUCGCUUGAACACUCCCCAUUUCCAAUCGGGCCAUCUGGGCUUCAAUCAUCCAUGGCCACGCUAGCGAGAAAACUGCCUUCAUCGUUGCCGUAUUUUCUUCAUCCCGAUUACCGGAUUGACGGAGGGAAUCUCAUCUCCGUUGAUGAGCCAUGGCGGAUCCGGAUUCAGGUGGGCCUCCUAUUCAUCUUCCUCUUCGUCAUCAACAACCACGACGUGUUCGAAUUCUUCAUCAUCUAAGCGGGAGAAGAAGAUAACUGACCGUCUAUCAGCCGUUAUAGACGCCGUCAACGACCGGAAACUUCCUCCCGAGCUGCGUGGCCAACGCAACAACGUCAGGUCGGAGACCGAUAUCAUCAAUGUAGUUGAGCAAAGAAUAUGGCAUUCAAUGGAAGAGGGUCAAUUCGAGAAUUUACCGGGGAAAGGCAAACCUCUUAACCUCAACACGAAUCCUCACGCAGAUCCAGCAGAAGACACCCUCUAUAGGAUUCUAUCAAAGAAUGGAUGUGCGCCCGAAUGGGUAGAACUUAACAAGGAGAUCAGGGGCAGAGUAUCCGAAUGGCGAGUUGCCUUGGAGAAAGCAUGGAAAAGCAAAUGCAAUGGGGAUGAUGAAAAAUGGUCUGAGCGAUGUGAAUCAUUAAAGAUGCAAUUACGUGACAUCAACGAUAAGGUUUUCCGGUAUAAUUUAAUAGUUCCGUUCGGCCGUCAAAUGUUCGGACUGAAAUGGGAAAAAGAAGUGGCUCGCCUAGAAGAACAAGUAGAGCCUUAAUAUCUCCUAGCCAUGUCUGAACCAAAAGAAUAUGAGUAUACAUUUUGAUUUGAGUUAAUGGAUUGAAUGAAGGAAGAAUCAACCAGAUGGUCAUCAAAGCAAUACUGUUUUAAUACACAAAUGUAGGGGUGGUUUUGGAUCAGGCUGUAAUGCUUGUUUCAAUAGUCUUUUUUAAGCUGGUAUUAUCGAUUAUAUCAUCUUAAUCUAAUGGUGAUUUAUCUCUUUUGAUUUGGGUGAAGAAAUGAGAAAUGAUAGUGAGCUGAAAAAUGUUCAAUGGAGCUAAGAUAUCAAAGAAGAGAGGGUUCAGAUUUCUUUUUCAA